AAAAGCUUCGCUUGGAAAGGAAGGUGUUGCUCGUCGGCGACCUGGACUGGAAUAUCUGGACGAAGAGUGCCCUUAGUUUGAGUUAUUUUGAUUUCGCCACCACAGUGGUUGGUCCCUACUUUCUGACAAGAUGUACUAUUCUCCAGAUCUUCUAUCGAAAAGGAGGGGAAAGUUCGGGAUCAUCUGGCUGGCAUCACGGUACAACUGCAGAGAAAGGAACCGGCUAAGUCGUCGAGAAUAUCAGUCCGUCAAUCUCACGGAAACAUGCGAGGAACUGGAGAGGCUGGUGUACCCGAGUCCAGCGCUUGCUUUGCGACUCUCAUCCGUACUUUUCAUCGGACUUCUGCGAGUCUACGAAAGGCAGCUGGUCUUUCUCUACGGUGACAUCAAGCAACUUUGGAUCAGACUUCAACGGCAUACGGAAAUUAUCGAUGGGGAUGGUGCAAUUAACUUGCCAGCACGCGCUGGAGGGAUGGAUCCAUUCGAUCCGCUCAACCCAUGCUAUGUCGAGGCGGUGAGCGAAUGGAAGCUGUUUCUAGAUGGUCGCAUGACAGAAGGCAUCUACUACAACCAACUACUCGCACAGCAAGCAGCAUACCACACUGCGCCAGAAACAAUGAUAACAAAGGACCCAUUCCUGGAAUCUUCCUAUGCUGCAUUAGAAGAAGACCGGAUGGCAGGUAACAUGCCUAGUCUGCAGCCAACGGUUGAUGAUCAUCUGGCAACGCUAGCUGACGCCGACUUUGGACCAAUAGAAAACCUAGACACCGACAAGCCAGUUGAUUGGAAUGAUCUCUCGCCAAGGCUAUUACAGGAUGAGCCUGAUGACCUUCCACCAGUGCAAAUAGACAACCUCAACACACUCACUGAAGACAACUUGAACAUGUCCACAACUGCCGAGCCCUUCUCCCUGGCCAAUCAAGAUGAACAAAGCGCAUCCAUUGACUUCACCCUCAGCGCAAUACAACAAGCGACUAUCGGCAAGAAGAAGAAGAGGGUGAACACAGGACCACUAAAGAAUCAAAGAACAAGUUUGACCGAUGCUGAGCUUCGUCGUAAUCAACUAGACACUGGUAGGAUUGUUAAGCGACCAGACUUCGACCAGCACCCGCACAGGACCGCCUCGGCACAAGAAAUGAUAAACAGACCAGCUGGUCUCCCCGAGCAGAGCUGGGGACGAGAUUUGCUGGAGUUCUGGAAACUCUGGGCAUUGCAGCCACCACCAUCUUCUCAGAAGAGAGCGAAUUGGAUAAAGUUUGCUUAUGGACAAUAUGACCUGUCGAACGUGGUGGCGGUAUCCUUUGACGACAUGGCUGAAGCAGAUGAAACGCAGGGAUCCAUUGAAGUUGCUCGUCACGAAACUCUGCCGGACCAUGAUGAGCCAGUUUCACUCGGAGGCAGUGACUUUUCUAUUGCACGCAGUCAUUCCAACGCAUCACUGGACACUGCCCAUGGUAGUUUUCCAAAUGUUGGACACGUCUCCUUGGAGAACCUCAGCGGCAUAUCUGAUAGGGACAGGGACAUUGCCACACCCCAGGAGAGCACAUCAAGACCCACUAGUUCUCUAUCUCGUAGUGCAAGUCACCAUGCCAGGACUCGCUUCUCCAUGGCAACCCCUCUGCACCAGAUACAAGAGGAAUACAUAGAGGCCGAGUCACCACUCUUCCAUACAGGGCCCGAGCGCCUGAAGAGCAUUGCUGCAUUCAAGGAUCUGCACAGUGUGCUGGAGGAUGCCUUGCAUAAUCGCGACGCAAUCUCCUUCCAUCACCUCUUGCCGAGCAAGCAUACACCACGGACUACUGCUGCCACGGCACUCUAUCAUUUACUUGAUAUGUCCAGUAAGAAUAUGAUCAAUCUGAAGCAGGCACACAGUCACAACAUAUUCAUUUCUAAAGGCUCGGAUUUCUAAUCCACGGCAUGCAGUUGCACCAGCAGGCAUGACCGACAGCCAUCUAUCUAGCCAACCAGCCGCUCGCUCAUCAACUGCUACCGCUGUGUACCCCUCUUUCCUUACAGUGGGUUAUAUUUAAUCCACUAGCCAUGCACGCAUCCGCACUCUUCCUAAUAAACCCAGGCACUAUAUUCCAGCCGCAAAUACCAUAGAUUUAUAGAGUAUUUACUUGCAGUAGCAAUACUUCCAUUUACAGAGUAUUUACUAGCAGCAGUGAUAGUUCCUUAACUCCACCUGUUCCGUAUUUAGACAGAGAGAACUCCAAGUAUAGAUAUGGUAUUUCUAGUAGUCCAAUUUAGUACUCAUACCCAGAGAAAAAUCACUUCAAAUAAACAGAGAACAAAAACAUUAGUUCAAGCCCACGGGUCUUAGAGAGCGGCUCCAUAGAUAUUCCAAGUGAUUCCCAAUGCAUCCAUGUCAAGCUACCUUGGCUAUUUAUCUUUACACACCCAACUAUUUAUUUAGACAGUCUUCUUCUUGCACACUAGUAUUAAAAAUUUCUUUGAAUGAAAUUGUCAUGGUCGGGUCAUGAGAAAGACAGCAAUCCGCAGAUAGUAACUGACAUGUAUUUAGUAGCAAAUCCAAAGCAUAGAAAGUUGUCCGUAAAAGCUUCUCUAAGGUAUCAGAAUGGAAAGCCAAUGAUGUGCUUUUCAUAGUUCUCCUUUUCCACUUUUCACACGUUCUUCAGUUGAGCUAAGUUUAACGAACUCUUUGUUUCGCUACAAUGGUUUAUUCCGACGGAAAUCUCUUUCACACAAUGAUUAUAAUGUUCAUACAAUUACAUUUUGUAGUCUGUUAAUUAUCAAACAUUUCUGGUAGCUGAGUCUAAAGUUCUUAUGUUGGAAUUUGCA